ACCCCAGGCGACUGGCGCUCACCCAGGCUACUAUCCAACCCAGUCUGGGGAUAGCGCUAAGUGGGAACGCCUGCUGGCAAGCAGCUCCCGCCUCCCUCCCAGGCCGGGGAGCCGCCCCUCUCGGGGUGGCUGCUCGCUGGGCGGCGCUCGGACCCCUCGGCAGCCGCAGGUGCCCGCCCCAGCCCAGCCCAGCUCAGUCCAGCGCAGCCCAGCCCAGCCCUGCGCUCGCAGCUGCCGCCGCUCCGAAGCAGAAAGGUGCCUUUCCUUGCUCCUGCUCCUUGCUCCUUGCUCUGGAGUUCUUCUCUUAACACCUGCUCCCCGGGUGAAAGCAUCGUUCCGAGCCUCAGGGGAGGAAUGAAGGAAGAAUCGAGACUAGAUAUCCAACUAAAGCUUCAGGACGUGUUUUGAGCAAAGAUGGGUGUUUCUGCCAGGAUAGUAUAACUCAAGGAUCCCAGUCUAGGCAGAUUCAACCAUGGGAGCCAACACUUCAAGCAAACCGCCAGUGUUUGAUGAAAAUGAAGAAGUCAACUUUGACCACUUCGAAAUUUUGCGAGCCAUUGGGAAAGGCAGUUUUGGGAAGGUCUGCAUUGUACAGAAGAAUGAUACCAAGAAGAUGUACGCAAUGAAGUACAUGAAUAAACAAAAGUGUGUGGAGCGCAAUGAAGUAAGAAAUGUCUUCAAGGAACUCCAGAUCAUGCAGGGUCUGGAGCACCCUUUCCUGGUGAAUUUGUGGUAUUCCUUUCAAGAUGAAGAAGACAUGUUCAUGGUGGUGGACCUCCUGUUGGGUGGAGACCUGCGUUAUCACCUGCAACAGAAUGUCCGCUUUAAGGAAGAAACAGUGAAGCUCUUCAUCUGUGAGCUGGUCAUGGCCCUAGACUACCUGCAGAGCCAGCGCAUCAUUCACAGGGAUAUGAAGCCUGACAAUAUUUUACUUGAUGAACAUGGGCAUGUGCACAUCACAGAUUUCAACAUUGCUGCCACGUUGCCCAGGGAGAUGCAGAUUACCACCAUGGCUGGCACCAAGCCUUACAUGGCACCUGAGAUGUUCAACUCCAGAAGAGGAGCAGGCUAUUCCUUUGCUGUUGACUGGUGGUCCCUGGGAGUGACGGCAUAUGAACUACUGAGAGGCCGGAGACCAUAUCAUAUUCGCUCCAGUACUUCCAGCAAGGAAAUUGUACACAUGUUUGAGACAGCUAUUGUAACUUACCCUUCUGCUUGGUCACAAGAAAUGGUGUCACUUCUUAAAAAGCUACUUGAACCUAAUCCAGACCAACGAUUUUCUCAUUUGUCUGAUGUCCAGAACUUCCCAUAUAUGAAUGAUAUAAACUGGGAUGCAGUUUUUCAGAAGAGGCUCAUUCCAGGUUUCAUUCCUAAUAAAGGCAGGCUGAAUUGUGAUCCUACCUUUGAACUUGAGGAAAUGAUUUUGGAGUCCAAACCUCUUCACAAGAAAAAAAAGCGUCUGGCAAAGAAGGAGAAGGAGAUGAGGAAAUGCAAUUCCUCUCAGACAUGUCUUCUUCAAGAGCACCUUGACUCUGUCCAGAAGGAGUUCAUAAUUUUCAACAGAGAAAAAGUAAAAAGGGACUUUAAUAAAAGACAACCAAAUCUAGCCUUGGAACAAACCAAAGACCCACAAGAUGAGAAUGGUCAGAAUAACAACCUAUAAAGGCCUCACGUCUUCUUCUUGGGACAAUCUCAUGCCAGGAACUUCUAAUUACAUACGUCAAGAAAAGCUGACAGUAGUUCUUGCCAUUCCGCACGUCAUGGCUUAGAAAAUGUGAAUGAAUGUCUUUCAGAACAGGCAGCAUAACACAGUGAAGGAUACUGGGCCUGAGCUCCUGGGAUGUCAUUUCAUACCACUCAACUGUGUGAUCUAGAGCAAAUCACUCCGCCACUUUCUGUGCUUUCGUUUAUUUAUCUAAAAUGAGAAGCUUGCACUAGACGAGCCACACUCUGCCUUUUUAGCGCUAUCAGUGUUAUUCUAAACAGCCUUUAUUUUUAUUUUAAAAUGAACAUAUGAACGUAGAUUUACUUUUUCACUUUUUCUAAUUACACAAUGACAAAUGGACAAACAGACACAGGACUCAAUGAGACUUUUCAGAACUAGAAAAUUUUCCAAAGUGGUCAGAACCCCCAGCCUAUUUGGAUGAGGAUAAGGAUUCUAUCAGGGAGGCAUGGAUGGGAUCAGAUUAAAAGCAACACAGAUAGGUGAGGGUCUUCCAGUGGUGUGCUGGAGUCAGCAUCAGAUUUGCUUAUGUCAGCUGGCUCAAGCCUGCUGUGCACAUCACUUCCCAGCUCCCUCUUCAGCAAUGUGAAGGGGGUGACUUGAAAUUGCUAAUAAUGUGAGCAUUUACACCAUGAAAACUGGCAAAUGUUAGUUUUUUCCCUCUUAGAAGCCAAUUGCUAAAUAUCAGCACACUGCUCUCCUUCCAAGAAGCAUGUCCCUUGAGGGCUAACUGUCCCCUGAAUAUUAGCAGAGAACUGUAUCUGGAGAGGACCAGAAGAGAAUGUCGUCACGCUGAAAGUAUGUUCACUUUGCAGUUUAGCAAAGUUGCAUCUUACAUGAGGGUUAUAGUCUAAGUUAGAAGUGAAUUUAGGAGAUAGUAAAAUUUACCAUAAAACCCCUUAAAUUACUCAUAACAUACAGGAAGUAUCUUUUUUUCUCAGUGAAGCCCAAUACAGUGUCACUCUUCACGAAUGAAACAAGUCAUAGUUUGUGUUUUGUUUUGAUUUAGUUAUUUUUUAUUUUUGGUCUCAUUUUGGCUAAUACAAGAUGAGCUAAAAUGUUGAACAAAUUAUACUUGUCGUUAUAGACAAGAAUUACUUUUUUUUUCUUUUCAGGCAAAGUCUCACUCUGUCACCCAAGUCGGAGUGCAGUGGCAUGAUCUCUGCUCACUACAACCUCUGCCUCCUAGCCUCAAGUGAUUCUUGUGCCUCAGCCUUCUGAGUAGCUGGAUUACAGGCAUGUGCCACCAUGUGUAGCUAAUAUUUUUGUAUUUUUAGUAUAGACAGGGUUUUGCUAUAUUGGCCAGGUUAGUUUCAAACUCCUGGCCUCAAGUGAUCUGCCCACCUUGGCCUCCCAAAGUGCUGGGAUUACAGGCAUGAGCCACCGCACCUGACCUUAGAAUUACUCUUAGACCAGUGAAAUGCCCGCACAUCCAAGAGGGGCAAGUUCAUGGAGACUAAAGGAACAGUGGUCUCCCUCCUACCUUGUGUUUACUACAUGUCUCCUUCCUACCUUGUGUUUACUACAAGAAUGGCAAGCACAAUUGCCUACUUACUUAAAAUAUCACUGACAUCUCAUUUUUUCUUUUCCUUUUUGUUUUUUGUUUUGUUUUUUUUUUUGAGAAAAUCUUGCUGUAUCACCCAGGCUGGAGUAAAGUGGAACAGUUUUGGCUCACCACAGCCUUUGCCCCCGAAUUCCAGCGAUUCUCCUGUCUCAGGCUUCUGGGUAGCUGGGAUUACAAGUGCAAGCCACCACACCCAGCUAAUUUUUGUAGAGAUGGGUUUUCACCAUGUUGGGCAGGCUGGUCUCGAACUCCUGACCUCAGGUGAUCCACCCGCCUUGGCCUCCCAAAGUGUUUAUAUUUUAUUAAUUGAUUUCCCAAACCCAAAGUUUAAUUCACCUAAGUGAGAUGUGCAUAUGGUGAAACUCCACUGUACAGACACACAGAUCUUUGCAGAAGAACUAUGUUUGGCAACCCAUAUCCCUGGAUAGACUCAAGAAGUGAACAGGUUUGGUGGGGGAUUGUUUUCACCUCUUGGCUACUCACUGUCCCUAAACCUGUCCUUACUUAUGGAGAGCAUGUGUCUCACCAAGAUGGCAAUAAGCUGGCAACAGGGAAGACCUGACUGAUGCCCAUUUGGGAAGCCAGACAAGUGGAAACGAGUCAAAGAAACAGAGAUGGCUGCCUUUUAUGCAAGGCUUUUCCAUAAAGAGGUGACACUGGGGCAACCAAGAAUGAGGAGAAAGCCAAAGCUAAACUUUAGCUUGGCAUUCACCAUUUUCUCCUCACUGAGGUACCAGGCCCUAGCUUCAGGCAGAGCUGUGAAAUGGUGCCUCUCUAAGAGCAACCAUAUUUUCAUAACAUAAUUAAAAGCCAGCUCUUUUGUUGUUUGAUUCCUUUUCCCUACAGGUCCCACGUCAUUUGUGCUAUUCUGUUUUUCUCCAAACACUAUACACUUGAAGCACUUGCCCUGACUCAAUUUUAGAGAGAUGUGUUUGAACGAGCAAGAAUAAGAAAGUGGCCAGAUUCUGCUGCAGUCUGGUAACCCCAAGAGUGUCAGGGACCACGUGCUUGUUUACUUCCAUCCUUCAUUUUUUUGAUUCAAGCCCUGAUUUGCUGUAGACUUACCUCCCUAAGUAACCGGGUUCUUCCUCUGGCUGUGACCUUGAUUGCAUCCUUCCCAAGGAGAGGCUUUGGGAAGUUUUUCUGUACUUAUGCUUACCAAACAGCAGUGGAAGCAUUAGGAUCUCCAUCGUGAUGAGAGUUAAGCCAUACUGCCAUUUCGCACGUAUACAUUUAUAAUUGGAUGGGAACCUGAUACAGUCUCUGUAGCCUGAAUCCUUAGUUUUAUUUCCAGUGAGCUGCUUCUGUGACUGAAGCACCUCUGCGGGCUUUUAGGAACCAUGGAUGUGCAGAUAAGAGAGCACAGGCUCAGAGAGUAAGAUGGAUUUCUAGUGCUAGGCAGGUGAAUGACACACUGUGUUUCAAGUUUGAAAAGCAAAACCCUGGUAUCUGACAGUGCAGAACUACUGAUUUCAAGCACCUCCCACCACGGUGCAUUUUAAACCUGAGAACAAAAACCUUUCCCAAAAUUGAAAACUUUUCCUAAAUCCUUAUGAUUAUUGCUAGUUGUUGACAUCAGAUCCUUUGGUUUUUAUUCAAUAACUUGGGCUAAACGUUAAUAUCCCACUAGGUGGGACAUGUCUCUUCUAGAGUCGUGAUAACCAAGGCUCAGAGCUGUGAUUUCAGAAAACAAGAUGAUUAUUAAAUCCUUUGCCUGGUACGCCUGAAUCUUUUUCUCCUGGCAGCUUCCCUUGCCUAUAUGGAGCAUCUGAAAAGUCUGAGCAGAUUCUGAAGUCCAGGAGCACCCCGGCUAUAAGGCUCUUGCACUGUGACAGAGCUGCCCAACUCCAGUGCAGCCUGGGUGACCUCUAGUAGAUGGGUGGGGAGUCAAGCCCUGUCACUUCUGCCACAGUCCUAAUUCCAUAGAAGAAAGUGCUCUGCUCAUGGCUAACCCACUUCCAGGUGACCUGGUUUUGCCUGAGGUCAUGCUAGGAAUGAAGAUCGACCAGCAUAGAGCAUUGCUAAAGUAAGUAUGGUAAUCUAAUUUAUUAAUGAUUAGGUUUCCUCCGUUAGCAGAGUUUUAACCAGAAUCAACUAUAUGUUCUGUUAUCAUAGCUUUUGUAGAUUGGAUGGUUGAAUAAGUAGGGAAAGAGUAUUAAUGUAGCUGGUAGGAACCAGUGUUGCUGCUUGCGGCUGAUGUAGUAACGCUAAGGCUUUAGUUCUUCAAAAGCUGAACGAAAAGGCAUGAAAAGCAUCUCAAGUUUGUUUCAGUACCUAGUUGUCCCUGUAUUGUCUACAAAUCCUAUUUCCUGCUGUCUGUGAUUCCUGUUUAUUACAAAUUCAGUGUGUCUGACUGAUACUAAACACUGAUAUUAAAAUUCUAAACUUCACUUAUCUGUGCUGUUGUGAACAGGCAGCUGAUCUGGAGCCCUCGAAUGGAAAACAAGUGCUUCUGUUGAGCUGUAGCAUAUACAAUAUAAAUACGCCUAUGUGUAUUAAAAUGUAUUCUGUAAACAGUGA